AUGCACAUUUCUAACCUCUCUCUUCGGACACAAAGCCUAUCGCUGCAUUCGGAGAGCCCCUUCAUCUUCCCAGACACAUCAGAGCCUACCGACGAAGCUGGUACCGCUAACAUGAACGCUCUGUCUCUAUCUGUGCCAUCUCUUUCUUCAUAUCGGACCGGGAGCGUAGUUGACCUCAUGGAAUCGACGACAACGACCGACUCUACUCAGACUGGCACCUUGACCCCUAAGGGCCACUCGGGCCCCUCUGGGCUGUCACUCCUCUUGGCACGACAAAAUCAUGACAAGCUAUCGAGCUCGCUAUAUGACUCGCCCAGCACGACUCCUACCAAUGAAUGCGCGCCUCACUUCCCUGUUGCGUCAUCCUCUCCGUUGUUAAAUGAGGACUCUUCACCGUUCGCCGACGCGAUGGCAUCGAAUUAUUCUGCUUCGGACGUGCACCACGUCGGAGACGCAAGCGAGCCCUCAGAGUCUGCACCCCUGUUAACCGACCUAGAAGCUUCGCGGUCAUCGUACAACGGUAAUGGGUACCUGUCCCCGCAUUUUGAUGGUAAACGCAGUAUGAGGGGUCUGCUGUAUAUCGCUGCCAGACAUUUGCCCUCUUUUCCAACCAUCAAGACAGCGAGGGGUAUCGCAGAGAACACGGUGCACUCCCUGUCAGCAGUCCUGCUGGGCACGUUGCUCAAUAUUCUCGACGGCAUCUCCUAUGGCAUGAUCAUAUUCCCGGCUGCGGGUGUCUUCUCUGACCUAGGAGGAAUCGGCGUUUCUAUGUUCUUCGCCUCAACAAUUGUCUCUCAGCUGGUAUAUUCUGCCGGAGGAAGUGGCUUCGCCGGUGCAAACGGAAGCAUGAUGAUUGAGGUUGUGCCGUUUUUCCACAUUCUUGCCAACAGCAUAGCGGCACAAAUUGGCGAGGAAAGGCCACACGAAAUUCUCGCAACAACAAUCUUUGCAUUCGCAUUGUCUUCUAUUCUCACAGGACUCAGCUUCUUCCUCCUUGGGGCUUUAAGGUUAGGCACACUGAUCGGUUUCUUUCCACGACACAUUCUCGUAGGGUGCAUAGGUGGUGUAGGCGUGUUCCUGAUAAUCACAGGGUUGACAGUGAGCACGCGGAUGGCGGAUGAUGACUUCGAUCUAACGUUGUCGACAUUCAAACUACUUUUCCUCAACAUUGGUAACCUUGUACUCUGGGUACCGGCGUUCGGAUUGGCAGUUUUGCUUCGGGUUAUCACGCAUAGAUUCGAGCAUCAGCUGAUAUUCCCCAUAUAUUUUUUGAUCAUUCCAGUAGUAUUCUACAUCGUCGUUGCCGCUGCGCGCCUUAACUUAGGUACCCUGCGCCAAGAGGGAUGGUUGUUUAAUAUGGGAGCCUCUCAUGAACCUUGGUAUCAGUUUUAUAGGCUAUUUGAUUUCAAGGCUACUCAAUGGAGUGCAAUAUGGUCUACACUGCCUACGCAGUUCGCACUAUUGUUCUUCAAUAUUCUUCAUCCUCCUUUAAACGUACCUGCGUUAGCGGUGUCGUUGAAUCAUGACGUAGAUACGGACAAAGAACUGGUAGCGCAUGGAUACUCAAAUCUACUUGCUGGUGUACUGGGCACGGUACCCAACUACCUGGUCUACGUGAAUACUUUGUUAUUCUAUCGGGUUGGGGGAACCACACGCAUCUCAGGCAUUCUCCUUGCGGGUGCAACGGCAGUCCUCCUCGUCAUUGGGACCGCUCCUAUUGCCUUUAUACCUGUCAUGGUGGUUGGUGCUUUGAUUUUUGUUCUAGGUUUCGAUCUUGUCAAGGAAGCCCUCUGGGACACCAGGCAUCGAGUGAGCAGGACCGAGUACAUAACUAUCGCCAGCAUCAUGAUUUGCAUGACGGUGUGGGACUUUGUCGUUGGCGUGCUCUUUGGCAUCAUCGUCAGCUGUUUUUUCUUCGUAGUCCAGAGUUCUCAGCGCAGGAGCAUUCGAUCUCUUCAUACCGGCGAGACAGUCAUGUCUUCUGUGCGCAGGCCAGGUGCCCAUCGCGCGUAUAUUCAGGAAGUCUCCAAGCAGACAACUAUUCUCAGACUGCAAGGCUUCCUCUUUUUUGGCACCAUCACACACGUCGAAGAGACCAUAAGGACACUUGUGGAAGGGCCAGCUUGGCUUCGGAGUCCUAUGCGAUUUCUUAUUCUCGACUUGGCCCUUGUUGCUGGAGUCGAUAUGUCUGCGGCUGAGGCUUUUGUGCGCAUUCAACGCAUACUGGCUACGAGAAAAGUCGUUCUCGUGUUCUGUGGAUUUUCUAUGGAGUCGAACGUUGGGAAGUCCUUGCACAACGUGGGUUUGCUGGAAAUGGAAGGUGUGGAGCUGUUUUCGACAUUUAAUGAUUCUCUGGAAUGGACUGAAAACACAUACUUAAGAUCCUGGUUCACCGCACAGAAGGCUGAGCCGCGCAACGUCGUCUUACCCGGUAGGCAGGAUGAGUUACUAUCCUUUGGUGGAUCGGUUUCCGUCACCCCCAGAAAAUCUCAUAUCCUUGAUGCCGGCUGGCGUACGAUUGCUCAAGGCCAUCCUCCACCCGAGGUAGAUACCGUGGAAACUGCAGAGCCAUACAGAACACUUGUGAACGCAUUCUCAAGUUAUGGCCCAAUGGAUCGACAGAAGUUCGCAUCGCUGGUAUCCUAUCUUGAGCGUGUGUGCCUGCCUGCAGGUGCUGUUCUCUGGCACCAAGGCGAUGACCCAGACGGGCUCUAUAUGGUCGAAUCUGGGGUUCUCAGGGCGAUAUAUCGUUUCAACGAGCAUACGCCGCCUACCGAAGAAUCGAUGGUCCCAGGGACAAUUGCGGGAGAACUGUCUACCCUAUCCGGUCUCGCUCGCAAUGCGACGUGUUUAGUCGAGCGGCAUGCUGUGCUUUGGAAGCUUAGCGUGCAGAACCUGCGCCGUUUGGAAGCGGAACACCCAGAGCUGGCUCUAGAGUUCACACGGCUUGUACUGAAAGCCGCCAAACUUGAUUAUGAUAUCCUCAUCUCAUCUUUAGCUACACGGCAAUGA